AUGGAGGUAGUGAGCAUCCGCCGUAGCAGGGCCGACGACACGGGCUGGAGGGUGAGGCUCGCCUGCGCUGGCAACGAGCUGGAGGAGGAGGUCUACGACACCGAGAAUGCGAACCAGAAGAAGUUCGAGGCGGACCUCAAGAAGGAGAUCAAGAAGUUGCAGCACUACUGGGACCAGAUCAAGACCUGGAUCCAGUCCAGCGAGAUGAAGGACAAGAAGGCGACCUCCAUGGACGACAUCGACGAUGAAGAGGAGGACAAGGAGGACGACAUCGACGAUGAAGAGGAGGACAAGGAGGACGACCAGGACAUGCGCGACCCCACCCCCGAGCCCAACGAGCUCGACAAGGACAUAGUCGAGUCCGACCUCGAGCUCGACGAGGAGGGCAUCGUCCAGUCUGACCAUGAUGGCGUGCCACAGAAGGUCCUGUGCUCUGCUCUGCCUGCCUCAUUUACUGCCUCGCCACCGAAAUAGAUGUUCUUUUUUCUUUUGUAAUUUGGCUGGACUUGUGCGUCUCCAUUCUG